GUAUUGCUGUUCAGGACUUGCCUCUCCUGCUGCAGUGAUGUCGGCGCUGCUCUGCCUCGCAGCAGGAGCACUCUGCUGCUUCUAUGUCAUCGUGUAUUACAGUGUGUUCCGAGGAGCCAGGUGCUCCAGUGCAGUGAAGCUGAAGGGGAAGACGGCCAUUGUUACAGUUUCAUGUACUGUAUGUGAGUGGCAUUCCUGCACAGGAAGCAACACUGGCAUCGGCAAGGCCACAGCUCUGGAUCUGGCAAAGAGAGGAGCCAGGGUGAUCCUAGCCUGCCGCAACAAGGACAAAGCUGAGGCUGCUGCUUUCGAUAUCCGCAGAGAGAGUGGGAACCAUCAGGUGGUGUUCAUGCAGUUAGAUCUGGGGAGUCUCAAGUCUGUUUGCAGCUUUGCAAAAAUCUUCCUGAAAACUGAACCCAGACUGGAUAUCCUCAUCAACAACGCAGGUGUGAUGGGUCCAGGACGUACUGUGGAUGGUUUUUGCAUGGCAUUUGGUGUAAACCACCUGGGUCACUUCUUACUCACCAACCUUCUCCUGGAGCGUCUGCAGCAAUGCGGUCCCAGUCGUGUGGUCACCGUGGCUGCACUGCUGCACCGCUUUGGCAGCGCUGACUUCCCUCUGCUGACUACCAAGAAGCUCUUAGUGUCUGGUCAGUCUACCUGGCACAACCUUCAAGCCUACUGCAACAGCAAGCUGUGUAAUGUGCUCUUCACCAGGGAGCUGGCCAACAGGCUGGAGGGCACCAGUGUCACCUGCUACAGCCUCCACCCAGGAGUCAUCACCACAGAGCUGUGUCGCAGUCUGAGCCUGUGGCAGCAGCUCCUCCUGAUGCCCUUUGCCAAGCUCUUCUCCCUGGAUCCUGAGGGGGGGUCCCAGACCACCCUGCACUGUGCCCUGCAGGAUGGCAUCGAGCCUCUCAGUGGACGCUACUUCUCCAAUUGUGCACUGCAACAAGUGGGAGCCAAGGGACGAGAUGAUGCCCUGGCCAAGAAGCUGUGGGAAGUGAGUGAGAGGUUAACCAGUGUGUCAUAAAAGACCGAAUCCUAAUCCAGUGUGAUCACGCCGUGCCUAAUCAGAGACUUUGCUCUUUUUCUUUAAAGACUGGUUUCUUAUGCUCUUAUGAAUGUAUGAACAUAAAGCAGUGCAAUGUUUUACUAUUUCUAUUAUCUGCAUAACACGUGUGCCUGUUGUCCACAAAGACUAUUGCACUUACUGUAAUGUUACUCUGCCCAGUUUUGGGUAAAAGCUCCAUCAAAACAAAUAAAUGGUGCUGGCUGCCUGCUUCAUGUA